AUGCUUAUUGAAAACUCUCAGGAUGAAUUAUCAGAUAACGAAGACAUAGACUUAGUUGAGAAAAAAUACUUCACAACUAAUUCUGAACUAUCUAGAAUGAUUGAUGAAUUGACAUCGAACGAUAAUUCAAACUCUCAGAGUCAAACUAAUAAUAAUUGUAAUAUCGACGUCAAGUUACCUGAUAUUUCCUUGCCUAAAUUUAAGGGUCAGACGUCAGAGUGGCCUUCAUUCAUUCAACUCUUUGAAAAUCUGAUUACUUCUAACAAUAGCUUAACAAAUAUCAAAAAAUUGCUAUAUUUAAAAGCUUCCCUUUCUAACGAGCCCUUGCAAUUGAUAGGCGAUCUAGAACUUUGUGAUGACAAUUUUCAAAUAGCUAUAGAUACUUUAUAA